CAACCUACCUCUCAUUAUCAGAGAGAGAAGUGCGGGAGAAGAAGGCGCGCAAAUUGGGAGUUCAAAGGAAAAAAAGGGGAGCCCUUUUUAAUUAUUUCUUAACCCUUUCCUUUCUUUCAUUAUCACUGACAUUGCUGCACUAAUCCACGCCCAUGGCUCCAUUUUCUUAACCCUCACAGGUACAAUUGGCGCAGUUUAACUAACAAAAACCCUAAUCUGUUCUGUGCGCUCUACAGCCUCUACUCCAAAAGAGUAAAAGAUUAGUGUAUAUAUGCUUGGAAGUGACAUGAUACAUGCUUGUUAUUUCACUGUUCCUAAAGCUCUAAAGUUUGGAGUUGUAGCAGGAAGACGGUUAAAUUUCAAAGUUCCAUUCAAGUGUUCUUAUAGGCGAAUCCACAUGGAGAAUAAUUACAACAGCGACUCAAGAGGUGCUUUGAUCGUUCUAGAAGGUUUGGAUCGUUGCGGGAAGACCUCACAAUCUAGCAGAUUACUAUCCUACUUGGAAGGACAAGGCUAUUCAGUCGAAUCAUGGCGGUUUCCAGAUAGAAAUACGGGUGUUGGGCAAAUGAUUUCCUCGUAUCUUACUAAUAAAUCGCAACUGGAUGACCAUGCAAUCCAUCUCCUCUUUAGUGCUAACCGCUGGGAGAAGAGAUCAUUAAUGGAGAGUAAGCUGAGGAGUGGAACCACCCUCAUUGUUGACCGCUAUUCUUAUUCCGGGGUGGCAUUUUCAUCUGCUAAAGGACUUGAUAUGGAAUGGUGUAAGGCACCGGAGAUAGGGUUGUUGGCUCCAGAUGUAGUUUUAUACCUUGACAUAAAGCCAGAGCAAGCUGCCGAGAGAGGAGGCUACGGAGGUGAGAGAUAUGAGCAGCUUGAGUUUCAAAAAAAAGUUGCCAAUUCUUAUCAGAUCCUCCGGGACCCCUCGUGGAAGAUUAUAGAUGCCUGCCUUCCCAUUGAAGAUGUUGAGACAGAGCUGAGAAAGGUUGUGCUGGAUUGUGUGAUGACGUGCCAAAAAGGAAAAUCUCUCUCCCAUCUCUGGUUAGGUAGCUAACUGUUCAGUCUCUCUCUGUUAAGGAAAAGCAACGCAUGUAUUUCCAGAGAAAAGGCCCUAGUAUUUAUGAUAUUUAUGAGUGCUAUAGUAUCGAUUGCAGUAUAAUUAGUAUUUCCGGUUUAUUUCAGAAACAGGUGCCUGUACUUGUUAUUUUGUUUUCAAUUUGAUGAGCGGCUUUUAGGUGGUUAAUGGUUGUAAUUGCGGAAAUAAUUUAGCUGUGUGUUAAUGAUGCUUGAUUAAUUUGAAAAAUCUUCAAACUUUAUGGUCUGAAA